AUGCCUAAAGCAGGGCUGAAGGUGAAAGCCAAGCAGGCAAACACCCGGUCUGCGAUGGAGAACACUACGGCCAAUCUCCGCCCGGAAGAUUCAGAUAUCGAAAUGGACGACGAAACCAGCUCGGAUGAGGAAGAUGUGCCCGAGAAAGAUGAGGCCGAGAAGAAGCUGGAGCGCAUGCUCUUUGGCGACGAUGAGGGUUUCAUGGGCGCAUUGAAGAGGCAGCAGGAUCGCGAGGCCGGAAUGGCUCUCACUUUGAACAGUGAUGACGAAAGCGAUGCCAGCGAGGGAGAUGAGGGCGAAGACUUGGCUGGCCUGGCCGACUCAGAUCUCUUCUUCCUCGAUUCGGGUGCACCUGCUACCAUUGAUAUGAUCCCUUCCCCGGAAACUCCUUCAGAUGUUGAAGACGAGGAGGAAAAGGACGAACCCGCGGUCUGGUAUGACAGCGACGACGACCGCCUUGCCGUAUCGCUAGGAAGCCAAGCCAAGCUGCGCAAACUGCGCAACUUCGAAGACGAAGAUGUAGUUAGUGGCAAGGAAUACGUCCGACGACUGCGCAGACAGUUCACACGACUGCACCCAACCCCCGAGUGGGCCACACCCGAGCUCAAGCGCCGCAAGACCGACUCAGACUCGGAGGCAGGCAGCGGAGACGAGAUCGACUCCGACGACGAGAACGAGGAGCUAUCCAUGCAGCCCCUCGCAAAGCUCCUCCAGAACGCCUCCGACCUGACACGCAUAGAAGACAACGCGCGCUCAGGCGGAAAGCGCAAGCUGCGCCAGGAGGUCAUCGACAUUCAGCGACUGAAGGAUAUCGGAAAAUCCCAACCGUCCUCCGUCGACUCCCUGAACUUCCACCCACACUACCCGCUCCUGCUCUCCUCCGGACCAGCCUCAACUCUCUUCCUGCACCACAUCUCCCCCUCCGCACCCGCCCCCAACCCCCUCCUCACCUCCAUGCACAUCAUGCGCACCCCAAUCCACACGUCCGCCUUCGCCCCUCCAACAGGCAACAAGAUCUUCGCCUCCAGUCGCCGGCGCUACUUCCACAUCUGGGACCUGGACACCGGCAAAGUCGACAAAGUCAACGGCUCCUCCGACCGAAAGGAAGAGCAAAAGUCCAUGGAGCGCUUCAAGCUCUCCCCCUGCGGCCGCUUUAUCGGCCUGGUCGGCACAUCCCGCAAGGGCGGCGGUCUAAUCAACGUCCUGGACGCCACCACCGCGCAAUGGAUCGCGCAAGUGCGCGUCGACGGCCGUGGCGGUGUCUCAGACUUUGCCUGGUGGUCUGACGGCGAGGGUCUGACAGUCGUGUCGAAGAACGGUGAGGUCUCCGAGUGGGACGGACGCCAAGGCCGCAUUGUCGCGCGCUGGCUCGAUGCCGGUGCCGUCGGCACGACAGUUCUCAGCCUCGGUGGACGCUCAGGCCGGACACAGCUUGGAGGUGAUCGCUGGGUUGCAAUUGGUUCUUCCAGUGGUAUUGUCAACAUCUACGAUCGUCGCGUCUGGGCGGCCGCAUAUGCCAAUGCUUCGACUGCGGAUAAGAACUCGCCUGCUCAGUCGGGUAUCCCCCGUAACCCUGAACCUGUGCGUGUCUUGGAUCAGCUUACUACUCCCAUCAGCCAUUUGGUCUUUGCCCCUGAUGGACAGAUGAUGAUUAUGGCGAGUCGGUGGAAGCGUGAUGCUUUGCGUCUUGUUCACCUUCCUACUUGCACUGUAUACCGUAACUGGCCUACUGCUAACACGCCAUUGGGUCGGAUUUCUUCCGUGGCUAUUUCACCGAACUCCGAGCAGUUGGCUGUUGGUAAUGAGCAGGGUAACAUCCGACUCUGGGAGAUUCGGGGUUAG